GGCGCAGCCGCCGAGCCAGGAGCGAGCGCAGCCUCGUGCCCGCCGCCCGUCCUCGUCGCCCGCAGCCUUGUCCCCGCCGCCCGUCCCCGCCGCCUCUGCCGCCGCCGCCCCCAGGGCAUGGCCUGUCUGAUGGCCGCUUUCUCGGUCGGCACCGCCAUGAAUGCCAGCAGUUACUCUGCAGCAAUGACGGAGCCCAAGUCGGUGUGCGUCUCAGUGGAUGAAGUGGUCUCCAGCAACAUGGAGGCUACCGAGACGGACCUGCUGAAUGGCCAUCUGAAAAAAGUGGACAACAACCUCACGGAGGCCCAGCGCUUUUCCUCCCUGCCUCGGAGGGCAGCGGUGAACAUCGAGUUCAAGGACCUCUCCUACUCGGUCCCAGAGGGACCCUGGUGGAAGAAGAAAGGAUACAAGACCCUUCUGAAAGGAAUUUCCGGGAAAUUCAACAGCGGGGAGCUGGUGGCCAUCAUGGGUCCUUCCGGGGCUGGGAAGUCCACGCUUAUGAACAUUCUGGCCGGAUAUAGGGAGACCGGCAUGAAGGGGGCGGUCCUCAUCAACGGCCUGCCCCGGGACCUGCGCUGCUUCCGGAAAGUGUCCUGCUACAUCAUGCAGGACGACAUGCUGCUGCCACACCUCACCGUGCAGGAGGCCAUGAUGGUGUCUGCACAUCUGAAGCUCCAGGAGAAGGACGAAGGCAGAAGGGAGAUGGUCAAGGAGAUCCUGAUGGCUCUGGGCUUGCUGUCCUGUGCCAACACGCGGACAGGAAGCCUCUCGGGCGGCCAGCGGAAGCGUCUGGCCAUCGCGCUGGAGCUGGUGAACAACCCUCCUGUCAUGUUCUUCGACGAGCCCACCAGCGGCCUGGACAGCGCCUCCUGCUUCCAGGUGGUCUCCCUGAUGAAAGGACUGGCUCAAGGAGGGAGGUCUAUCAUCUGCACCAUCCACCAGCCCAGCGCCAAGCUCUUCGAGCUGUUCGACCAGCUUUACGUCCUUAGUCAAGGACAAUGCGUGUACCGGGGAAAAGUCUCAAACCUUGUACCGUAUUUGAGGGAUUUAGGUCUGAACUGCCCAACCUACCACAACCCUGCUGAUUUUGUCAUGGAGGUGGCGUCCGGCGAGUACGGCGAUCAGAACAGCCGCCUGGUGAGAGCCGUCCGGGAGGGCAUGUGCGACUCGGACUACAGGAGAGAGCCGGGGAGCGACGCCGAGGUGACCCCUUUUCUUUGGCACCGGCCCUCUGAAGAGGUAAAGCAGGCAAAGCGAUUGGAGGGGUUGAGAAAGGACUCCACUUCCAUGGAAGGCUGUCACAGCUUCUCGGCCAGCUGCCUCACCCAGUUCUGCAUCCUCUUCAAAAGGACUUUCCUCAGCAUCAUGAGGGAUUCGGUCCUGACGCACCUCCGGAUCACCUCUCACAUUGGAAUCGGCCUCCUCAUCGGCCUGCUCUACCUGGGGAUUGGGAAUGAAGCCAAGAAGGUCUUGAGUAACUCGGGCUUCCUCUUCUUCUCCAUGCUGUUCCUCAUGUUCGCGGCCCUCAUGCCCACUGUUCUUACAUUUCCCCUGGAGAUGGGCGUGUUUCUUCGAGAACACCUGAAUUACUGGUACAGCCUGAAGGCCUACUACCUAGCCAAGACCAUGGCCGAUGUCCCCUUUCAGAUCAUGUUCCCCGUGGCGUACUGCAGCAUCGUGUACUGGAUGACGUCGCAGCCCUCCGACGCCGUGCGGUUCGUCCUGUUUGCCGCGCUGGGCACCAUGACCUCGCUGGUGGCGCAGUCCCUGGGCCUGCUGAUCGGAGCUGCCUCCACGUCCCUGCAGGUGGCAACCUUCGUGGGUCCUGUGACGGCCAUCCCCGUCCUCCUCUUCUCAGGAUUCUUCGUCAGCUUUGACACCAUCCCGACUUACCUGCAGUGGAUGUCUUACAUCUCCUACGUCAGGUACGGGUUCGAAGGGGUCAUCCUCUCCAUCUAUGGCCUCGACCGAGAAGAUCUGCACUGCGACAUCGACGAGACGUGCCACUUCCAGAAGUCAGAGGCCAUUCUGAGAGAACUGGACGUGGAAAACGCCAAACUCUACCUGGACUUCAUCGUCCUGGGCGUUUUCUUCAUCUCCCUGCGCCUCAUUGCCUAUUUUGUCCUGAGGUACAAAAUCCGGGCAGAGAGGUAAAACAGCUGAAUGCCAGGAGAGAGGAAAAUGAGACAUUGUGGCCAAGGGCCACUGCUAGAAUCGUGGCGGCAAGCCUGUGCCACGGACACAGAGACCACGGUGACCCAACCCCUAGAAGCCACGUUUGGUUCGCGGGUGUCACGUGUUUGACUCCUCCGCCCAGCUGGGAUGGGUCUUCUCUCCAUUACCCUUUCUAGCUUUAACUAGGAAGAAGAUGUAGGAAGGUUUUUUUUUCACAUGCAGAAUUUUAAGAUACCACAACUGGGGCAGAGUUUAAAACUGCAACAAAGCUGGUGACAAGAGGCUUCCUUGGUCGAGUUCCUCCUUCUGGUAACGCUGGUCCUGGAUGGGGCAUUCCAGCAGCUUCUUGGCUGAUCACUGUGCAGUUAGAUGUCGGGGGAGAGAGGCAAGGCAUGGCGUGAUUCCAUUUUAUGACUGUUGUUUUAAUAGCUUCAUCUUUCUACGAUUUGUCUCUUUUUCCAAGGAGAAGUCAUUUUCCAAGCCAAAAGUUGAUAGAUUUCAUUCAUUUUAAGAAACUGUGUCUUUUUAGUACCUGUUGAAGAAAAUUAUUCAGGGUAACUAACAUACUUUGUUUAGAGAUACGAGGAGUUAAACUUAGUCGUGGAGCUGGUCUCGUUUAGGGACAGAACUUGUGUAAGAUGCAGAGGCAGGUGCCAGGAAGGCGGACUUUGGAACUGUAUGCGCUCAGCCCUGCAGAAAUUUUAAAAGAGUUAUACAAAACAUUGUAAGGUGUAAUUGGCCAACUCUUUCCAAGUCUUUUAUUUACCCCAUGCAUCUUAUUUUAAGCAAAAUAUAUUGUUUCUUUUUUCUAACUUUCUGAGCACCUUAAUUUUGCCUAAAAAUACUCCAGAAGAUCAA